GUUCUGUGGUCUAACCUAAAAUAGAUUCGAAAUAUUUGAAUAAAACAACAAUAAAUAAAUAUAACAGAAUAAAUAAAUAACGAGAAUAUUUGCCUACAAAAAGCCACACACUGUGUUUGUCUUUCUCUGAGUUAUCUGUGUUUUAUCCUCCUAAAAAAACAGAAACAUAGUCUUCUAGAAAAAAAUUAUUAGAAGGAAACAUUGAAUUAUGGACAGAUUGUUAAUUACAAAGAAUUCUUCGUCUGCAAUGGAUGAAGAAACAGAAGAAGAUCGUAAAAUUUUGAGGGAGCAGGAAAAGUUUAUGAAGGAAUUAAAAGAAAAAUCUAUUGAGCCAGCCGCAAAAAUUAUUCGACUCAAUGAUAAUCAUCUAACCGAAAAGUCUACUGCAUCCACUAGUGAGAGUGCUGUUUUUGAUGAUCCUGAUAAUCAUAUUGUAAAUGCUUUUGAAGAUAUUCCUAAAAAUGCUUUCGUUGGGCCAAUAGUUGAGAGACGUUAUGACAAUAAAAAUCGUAGAAGUGCUCCUCUAAGUUGUAGCAUUUAUGGAUUCCCUAAAGCAAAAAGAAGGGAUAUGAAAAUACAAUACAAAAACUGUGAAAGUAUAUUUUCACAAGAAAUGAAAACAUCUGCAGCAUCAGAAAAUGCAUUGGGUAACAACACUUCUCCAAGUAGUACUUGUAGUCAGAAAACUGUGAUUGUAAUUGAUGAAAAGAACAAUUUGAAUUAUACACCUUUCGUUCAUAAAAGUAAAAUUCUGAGUGAAACUGAAAAAAAAGAAAUUCACGAACAGAAUUUGAAUAUACUGAAAUCAACUCCUGAAACAGAAAUUCUUGAAGAAAGGGAAAGAUUGUUGAGCGUAAUGGAUCCUGCCAUAUUAGCAUAUUUGAAGAGUAAAAGGAAGGAAAACCAGCCUAAAAGUUCCAAUUUGACAAUUUCCCAACAAAACAAUGUAGGCCAGAGUAUAAAUUUAGAAAAUAUUAAGACAACUUCGGAAAUCUUAGAGAUACCUGGUUCAGAAAAAUGGUUGAAUUUUGAUGUCUUAGAAACUCAUAAGUUAGCUUGGAUGGAAGAGGUGAAAAUGCCUAAAAUUGAUAAGGACAAAGUAUUUGAAGCCAGGUUUGAUUUUGAAGGAUGGUUAUUACCAUUCACUGAACCUGAAGUGAAUGAAAAAAACAGAAUUUUAUAUCAUCAUGGUGAAGAACCCGAAAGACCUGGUUACACCUUGAAGGAGCUCUUCACAUUAUCCAGGUCAACAGUAACUCAACAAAAAAUUAUUGCUCUCAAUUCUAUUGCGAAUAUUCUCCUCUUAUAUUCUAAUGGAGUUUAUCAAGAUAUUCUAGAAAUACCAAUUGAACAAUUAUUCUUUUUGAUACGAUUUUGUAUGGAUGACAACAGCCCUGGAGUAGUAAAUGCCAGUAUAAAGGCAAUGCGAUGUCUGAUUUUUAACUGCUCGGAUGAAAUUUGUUUAGAUUGCCUCUUAGGCUUUGGAUUUGAGGAUAUGAUGCCUAUUUUACCGGUAGAUCAUGAGGAAAAAGAUGAUGAUAUGGAAAAUGACCAACAAUUAGCUGAAAAAAAUUUGAUCAGAUUUUUGGAGAGAACAGGAAUUUAUGCAAGAAUCAGAUAUAUUAUAAAUACAGUGAGACCACCACUGGAAACAAUAAUUUAUUGUCUGGAAAUUUUGAUAAGAUUAAGUAAAGAUUCUGAUUUUGUUGUUUCUAAAAUGUUUAUGUGUGAAGAUCUGAUUUCAUCAAUACUGAAGAAUUUUAUUCCAGUUCGUUAUGUCAACGGUCAUGCAGAAUCACCCUAUGGUUCCCCAAUUUUACAGGCAUUGAAACUGGUUCGUGUAUUAUCUUCAAGAAAUGAAACAUUUGCUCACAAAUUUGUCCAUGGAUAUGAUAUUGUAGAAACUAUAUCCGGUUAUCUUCAAGAUGAAUCAUUUGGUAAAAAUGCUUCUGGAAUCAAACUACAAACAGAAUGUUUUUAUCUUUGGCGAAUAUUUCUGAAUUAUGGAUUAACAUUAGAGUAUGCUUCAGUUUUGGAAUCUAUACUUUUGAAACACUUAGAUUACCAUAUAAAACAUACAAAUAUUAGUGAGAGCACAACAUACAUCAGAGAAGGCCAUUGCUCUGCAGUAUUGACACUUCUCGGGAAAUUUAUUUCCCUAAAACCAUCGCUUGUAAAUAAAUUCGAGGAUCUUUAUAUGAUCGCUUUGAAGAAAUGGAGUACACAGUUUCAAAGAAGUAGCGAAUUCAAGUGUGGGAAAUCGCAGAUUAUUUCAUCCCUCAUUCUCUUGAGCUCAAAAGUUUAUGGCUAUUCAAAGCUAACCAGGUUCAUUGAAGAAACUAUUGCAGAUAUAUUAAAAUCAUCUGGAUUUUCGAGGAGUGCACAGAAUUUGCAAAAUUCAUCUAUGUUAUUGAAUAACUACGAACCACACCCAUUCAGUGCGAACUUAAAAACAUUGCAAACUUCUGCAUGGUAUACACCUGAUCAUGUGAUACCUAUAAUGCAAACGUCGAGUUGCCUUCCAUUUAUUCGAUCACUGUCCCAAUUUGUGUCAAAAUGCAAUUCUAUUCUGUUGAAAUUAUUAUUUUUGGAAGAUAAUGAUGUGAAAAGUUAUAUUGAAGCCCUGGCAGAAAGGAAAUCGUUGUUUCUUACCAGUCAUUGGUUCACGAGAAUUGAAAGUCAACUUAUCCUCAACCUCUUGAAAAUAUCAUUGGAUGUAUACAAAGAAAUUGACACAUCUAUCUUUUAUGCACUCGCGGUUAAAUCUUUGUGUAUUUUCAAUGAGGACCAAAGAGAAGAUGUAAAAUAUAUAAUGGAGAAAAUAAUUUUUUGCCCAAAAUUUUAUCCAAGCGAGGUCCUACUGCAGAAUCUGAGUUUGAAUGAACAAAAUGAAAAUUUAGAAAUUUCUCUGAACAAUUUGGAUUUGAUUAAUCAAGUUUAUUUCAAAAUACUAGGACUUGAAAAGAAAAAUUCAAUAUCUCACAGUUUCUGCCUUGAUAUUGGAAUAGGAAACAUAAUUCCUGUUGAUUGGGUGUAUUCGCCCAUAAUAAUUCUAUAUUCGAAUCAACAAGAGAAGAAAAAUAGUCUUUCUCAGGAACAACAAAUAUUCAUUGUAAAGAAUUGCUUACGAUGGAUAUUAAUUUAUGAAACAUAUUUUUCCAAUUUAGUAAGAGCAGUCAAUCCGACUGAUAGAUUUUGUAGAUUAGCUUGCGUAUUCUUGGGCAGUGACGAAUUAUUUUUAAACCAGGAAAUCCAUAAAUUAUUGGAACUUUGCCUCAAGAAUAUUCUUUCUAAAUUUGGAGAUGGAUUAGAUUUCAAUAAACCAAUCAAAGGUUUGAAAAAUUUCCAAGAUUUUUAUAACCAGAUGUUGGAACAAUAUCAAGGAGUCAGUUAUGGCGAUACAUUAUUUGCGAAUUUCGUAUUGGUGCCUUUAUCUCAGAAGCAAAAUGUUCAGUGGAGAAAGACUUUAUGGUCUGAAUACAUGGGAGUUGCGCAAAUUAUGGAUAUUUCUAGAGAAAAGCUAAUGACACCCUUGGAGAACUAUCUUUAUCCACUCGAAGAGGACCAGUCUCUUCUUAAUAGUUAUAAUAACGCACUAAUGAUGAAGAGUGUCAAGCCCACAUCAAUACUCCACUUUAUAGCUAAUCACCAUUAUUGUGAAUAUGUCAAAAAAAUUUCAAACAAGCGAUAAAAAAUUAAAAUUAUUUAACUAAUUAUUAUAUUUUUUUUAAAUAAGGAAUAAAUCCAAUUCAUGAUUGAAUGUCAAGUCAUUUUAAAAGUUUAGAAAC